AUGGAUGUUCGUAACAACUUCCUUAGUCAUCUCUAUAUAGCUUUUGACCGGAAUGGAAUACACAGUUUUGUGGAUAGCGAAGAGCUUAGGAAAGGAAAGGAAAUAUCACCGGCACUCAUGAGAGCAAUCGAGGAAUCACACGUCGCAAUCAUCAUUUUCUCCGAGGAGCACGCUUCCUCACCAUGGUGUUUGGAAGAGCUUGUGAAAAUCAUGGAGUGCAAGGAGCAAAAAGGCUUGAAGGUGUUGCCCGUGUUUUACAAAGUGGAACCAAGAGAAGUGAAAGUGAGGAGAAAGAGUUAUGGGAGAAAUAUGGCUAAGCAUGAGUUAAAGUUCGGGAAGGAUUCAGAGAAAGUGAAGAGAUGGAAGAAAACUCUCUUUGAUGCUGGUAACUUGUCUGGGUGGGAUAUGAAUAACAGGAAAGUUGGAAUAAGAAGGGAUCUCAUUGAUAGGGCACUGCGCUAUGCUGACGGCCUUCCAUUAGCCCUCGAAGUGUUGGGCUCAUUCUUAUAUGGAAGGGAGGAAUCUGCGUGGGAUAGUACAUUGCAUAAACUCUCAAAAAGUCCCGACCAAACUAUCAAUCGAGUUCUCAAAACAAGCUUCGAUGGAUUGGGGGGUAGUGAGAGGGAGAUUUUCCUCGAUAUUGCUUGUUUCUUUAAGAGGAAGAGAAUAGAAUACAUCAAGGAAGUUCUUGAUAACUGUGAUUUUGACCCAAUUAUAGGAAUAGAAAUUCUCAUCGAGAGGUCCCUGAUAAAAAAUGUGAAUGGAACCUUACAAAUGCAUGAUUUGGUUCAAUUGAUGGGUAAGGAUAUCGUUAAACAUGAAUGUCCCGAUGAUCCUAGGAAGUGUAGUAGGUUAUGGCUUUUUGAAGAGGUUCAAGACAUUCUACGCGAAUAUACGAGAAAGAAUGUGAUAAAGGCCAUAGUAUUGGACUUGCCUACACCAAAAGAGAUGACCAUUAGUCCUAAUGCUUUCACAAACAUGAGAAGGUUGAGAAUGUUUAUAAUGCCUAAAGUGCAUAUCUUUUCACGAGGUCCAAUAUGCCUCCCUAAUGAGCUUAGCUGGCUUGAAUGGGCCAAUUACCCGGAUCUAGAAUUCGGCCCUGGUCAAAAGAAACUUGUGAGACUCCAUGUCAAGAAUGGUCAUAUCAAACAAUUAGGAAGCAACUUUCAGAAUUUUAUAAAUUUGAAGUCCAUCGAGUUCUGCGAUUGCAAGUUCUUGGCUAUUGUUCCUGAUCUUUCAUCAGCUCCAAAUCUGGAGAGGUUAUAUCUUUUAAGGUGUGAAAGCUUGGUGGAGGUUCACCAAUCUGCCGGAUAUCUUGACAAGUUAAAAAUUUUGUCGAUAUCAAGUUGCUCUAAUCUUAGGAUCUUUCCAAGCACACUCAAGACAAAGUCUCUUCAAAACCUUGAUCUCUCUUAUUGCCAUAAACUUGAGAAAUACCCUGAUAUUCCGGAAAAGAUGGAACAUUUACAGCAUCUUGAUCUACAAUGGAUGGCUAUUAAAGAACUCCCUACAUCAAUUGAAAAUCUUGUUUCUGUAGAGACAAUAGAUUUAGGAUAUUGCGAAAACCUCACAAGGCUUCCAUUGAGCAUUCAUAAGUUGAAAAAUCUCAAGGCUCUCUAUCUUUACAAUUGCUCGAAUCUUGCCGUGUUUCCAAAGAACUUGGAGAAUCCAAUUUAUCGGAUGGCGAUUUGGGAUUCCCAAGUCUAA